AAGAGAAAACUCGGAAGAAAAGUGUCACCGUGACAACGAAAAACAAAAGACCAAGCAAGCGAAUUUCGUUUCAAAUCAUCGCCUAAAUGCAUUUCUGAUUACCCGUUUUUCCAACGCUGAUAAAACACUUUCUCUUUUUCUGUUUAACUUUACCCAUUAUCUCUCCUCGGUGGUGUACAAGCGUUGACACACUUCAGGGCAUACAAUAUUUUGGUGUCUCAUCAAUCAUACACGUGAAUACUUUUGUUUGUCUGCGUGGGCGUGAUAUUUUCGAAACGAAUUCCAUUUUGAAAACAAAUUUAACCUUGGGCCCUUUAAAAGAACUCGAGGCGGUCUGACUGCAUUCCAAAAUACUCGCACAUACAAAACUGCAGUCCCAAAAUCGUUACUCGUCGGUUGUCUCCCAGAUAUGGCCUGUCUCUCGGACAUUGAUUUGGCGACCCUCCAUGAGCAUCGGCUUAAGCAGCGCUGGCACUAUGGCCUGGCAAAUUAUUCGGACUAUCAUCAUCACCAGGAUGGGUUCAAUGCCAUGACGCGACGUUGCCUGGAGCGUAGUCUGCAUAAACCAGACACAGACCCGAGUAAAGUCCAAAGAGAUUUGAAUGGCAAUAGCCUGGAUGCAUUUGGCUCGUCUGGCGGCGCCGAUAAAUCUGAUCUGGACAACAACUGCUUUGCGUCAGGUAUGCAACGGCAACGCUCCGGCACAUGGCCGCGAACGCGCAGCUUGAAUGCCCCGUCGCCAUUCCAGCAGUUCGGACCAUGCGGACGCAUUAUGAAAAACUCCGCCAUGGUGAUGCAGAUUCAGGAUCCGGCCAGCCAGCGCCUGACCUGGUACAAGCCACCGCUCACAGUCCUAGUGAUCAAGAAGGUCAGCGAUGCGUCGGUGCUGGCGCCGUUUGUCCAGCUGGUGGACUGGCUGUUGCAGGAAAAGAACAUGGUGGUGUGGGUGGAGUCGGCGGUGCUGGAGGAUGCCCACCUUAAUGAGGAUGUCAAGUUCAAGUCCAUCAGGGAAAAGUUGGUCACUUUCAAGGAUGGGCGCGAUGAUCUAACCGAUCGCAUCGACUUUAUUGUCUGCCUCGGAGGGGACGGCACCUUGCUGUACGCCUCCCAGCUGUUCCAGCAAUCAGUGCCGCCUGUGAUGGCAUUCCACUUGGGAUCAUUGGGCUUUCUCACACCCUUUCGAUUCGACAAUUUCGAAGAGCAGCUCACCAGCGUCUUGGAGGGUCAUGCUGCACUCACGCUGCGCAGCCGCCUUCGCUGUGUGAUGCAUCGCAAGGGUGACAAACGGCAGGAGGCCAAAGUGGAGGCCAACGCAGAUGCAAGACCUGCCGCCAACAGCAUCCUCGUGCUAAACGAGGUGGUCAUUGAUCGUGGACCGUCGCCCUAUCUCAGCAAUAUUGAUUUGUUCCUCGAUGGCAAGUACAUCACCUCCGUGCAGGGCGAUGGCCUGAUUGUUUCAACUCCCACUGGGAGCACAGCGUAUGCGGCAGCAGCUGGUGCCUCCAUGAUCCAUCCCUCUGUGCCAGCCAUUAUGGUGACUCCCAUUUGCCCGCACUCUCUGAGCUUCAGGCCCAUUGUGGUGCCGGCGGGAGUGGAACUGAAGGUCUCCGUUUCGCCUGAAAGUCGCAAUACUUCGUGGGUCUCAUUCGAUGGACGCAACCGUCAGGAGCUGUUCCAUGGCGACAGCCUGCGUGUGACCACCUCCAUUUAUCCUGUUCCCUGUAUAUGUGCCCAGGAUCAGAUAUCCGAUUGGUUUGCAUCCCUCGCCGAUGGACUCCAUUGGAAUGUGCGCAAGCGUCAGAAGUGCCUCGACGAGUUGUCGGAUCUGACGGCAUCUGGCUCCGAGGACACGCUGGACGAGAUGGAAAAUAUGAAAUUGUAUGAUAUUUAGUACGUAUGUAUGUAAGUCGCUGCUGGCAAUUGUAUUCGUGGGCUAAGCUUCACGGCAGGCUUUUAGUUUUAGUCGAGUCUUUGCAAUCGCUUCAAUGUAAUUCGAAUAUGUUUAAAAUCGUUUCAUAGUCUGUAAUUUGGUAGAAUUUGCAUAUUUGCCAAUUAUACUCGUAUUUACAAUAUUA